GACUCCGCGCGAGAAACAAACUCGACUCGACCCCACGAAUGGGACGGACUAGAAUUCGUUAAAGGCCUAAGUACAAGAAGAUGGCAAGCAGCAGCAAACGAAAGAGUAUGGGCAAAAAGCGGCGAUCAAGCUUUGUUAGAGGACGUUCCAGAAAGUCAUUACCUCCUACUGAUGUCUCAUGUGCAGAGUUACACAAGAGAAUUCCAACUGACAUUCCAGAAGCCAAGAGGCUGUGCCAGCUGCAGGAGGCAUGCUUUCAGUUCACCAUGCAGAAAUUACAGAUAGAAUGUCCAGCAAUGGAAGGUUGGGAGGCAUUUGAAGAAGAAGCCACUGAAGCUCUCAGGGAUGCACUGAACAGUCUUGAAAGUGAGGGCAUCUUGGACCGAGUGUGCAGCCGGAAAAACAGUUACCUCCCUAACCCUGAGAAUGACACCUUGCAAGAGACGAUAACAGAGAUACAGCAGCAGUCAGAGAGGUUGAGUGCCGAGAGCAACAAGUGGGAGGAGCUACUACAGCUCUACAAAGAGGAGGCAGAAGAUGCAGAAAGAACUUUGGCCAGCCAGCAGUCUGAGGUGCCCGUCCUCAAAGCGCCAGACAGUCUGACCAAUGAGCAGAAGAAGCUACUGUCAGGACUGCCCGAUCUGCGACGGCUGAGCAGCUGGGCACGACAGGCAGCCGACAAGCUCCAGCUGCAGGCAGGCCGCGUCCACGAGGGCGGCCAGCAGAUGAUGCAGUUUGCACGGUAUGCUGAGGCUUACUUGAGCCAGCAGACCAAGAUACUAGCCAAGAAGUCACUGCAGGAUGCCCUCGGAGACCCAAGGAAACUCAUCCAAGGUGCUGCAGGAGAUGCCAGCUCCUCACAAUAACACAGACACCCACCCUCUUCCCUGUAAACAGUUAAACAAGGUAAUGCUCUGUCGUGCACAAGAAGUGGAAACCUUUUUGCGUCUGCUCAUUCUGGUCAUGUUUUGCUGCUGCCUCAUUCCUGUGGCUGUGGAGGCCCACAGUGGAUGUGGAUGGUUGUCAGACGCCCACUUCGAGAUAAGAUCCUGGUGCUUUGCGAUAAAAAUUGUGUGGAAGACAAUUUUACCACGAGAAGCUUGCUCAGUUUUUCUUGCAGUGGAUCGUCUCAGAUCUAAGAAAGUUGGAACAUUGUGUUUUGAGUACCACCUGUCGUGAUUGGGAGUUUGAAACAGCUUGGGAAGAUAGGCUCUCCUUAUGUAGGAUUGGCCGUGUGGAAGCUAAAUCUUGAUUGGUCUGUUCCCGCUCAGAAUUUGGAGCAUUGCUUUUUCUUGACAGAGAUGUGCCAUCAGAAACAUGACAAGUCCAUUCAACAGAGUGUUCUCUGGAACACGUUCAGUUAUUGUGACUCCACUGCUGAAUAUUGGAAGCAUCUCAUGUGUAGUUGGUUGAGCGCCCUCUAGGGUAAAAAUGCCCAUUCUCAAUGUAUUCAGUGAUCCAUUUACAGCAGCGGACCGUAGAGGGCACUGUUCAGUUGUAGGGCACAGUAUUCAAGGUACAUUGUGAAGCAGAUCAAAUGUUAUUUUCUAAUAUUGGGUUCGUUUUGCUUUGUACAAUUUGUAACACUUUAGUUUAGAAAAAGCUCAACUUCAUUAGCUCAUUAAAACUCUAAAUUCAUUUUAGAUUAUUCCUCAAAAAUGGAUUUUUUUUUUGCAUAAAUCCCAUUGAGCAAAUGUCAAAAAUGAACUCAAAAUAGAAAAAUAACAAGAAAACAGAAAGCAAAAGCAUGUGUCACUCCCCCGAAGAGAGGUAUUCUGUGUGUAGCUCUGACAUCGUAAAGGGAAACUCUGGGUGCACAAGGGGCCUACUUUUCUCCAGUGCACUGAUGGCGUGACCAGUAAAUCUCGCACCUAAUCUUUUCCCACUCCACCCACGUUUUUCUCACCUGAUCAAUCAUGACACCGUCCUUCCUUGUUGCCGCCAAUUAACUGCGGAUGAAUAACCUUUGCAGUAUACAGACAGACAUUGGGUGGAGGCAUAGGUUGGACUGGGCCAGAGGCUUGGAAAAUUUUGUCUGUGUUCUUUAUGCUGCCUGGCUUUGGGUCUGGUGGCAAACAGGACCCCAUGCUGUACAUUUUAUAAUGUAAACUGUACAUGUACAUUCCAAUUGUCUCCUUGCUUAACUAUGCUGUGUUCCAAAAUGGUGCUGUGAGUGUGUUCAUCAGGCAUGCGACUUACUUCAGAUCAGCUGAUUUCCUCGUUUUUCAGCUCACACUCAUGCCAUUGAACAUGGAAAAACAUUAUACUGGUACAUCUUGUAAAGAUUGGAAUUUCCUAGUUUUUUGUCAAAGUCCAAGCUGCAUGCCUGGGUCAUGUGCCUGGUACAUUACAUCUUGGCAUACUGGGCAUCCGAGGGCAAAUUGUCUGUUACAAGGAACCAGUAUUCACCACAUGAAAAUUAACUAACCCAUCUUACAAGAAUGCAUGUUUACAUGUAUUAUGUACAUGUAUGUUUAUAUGUUCACGGCUUGAAUCUGUUGUUUUGCAUCCAUUGCAUGUUGUUACAUUCAAUUUUUUUUAUUUUAUUUAAAACAUCAUAUUGAUAAGUUGAUAGCUUAUUAACGCUGUUUCAUUGAGUUGUUUUCCUAACAAAGUUCUCUAUUAAAUAUUGAAAAAGUGUACUUUGUCACAUUGACUUACAUGUGCAAAUUAAAAUGCUCAAGCAAAUAACUCACUUUGAGUCAUGUAUAAUUUUUAUUCGUGAAUGGGAGACAUGCUGACCUACAAGAAGUUUUACUAACACCUUAAGAUUACCAUUGUUUGUCUCUUUCAAGACUUAAAUGCAAGGUUGAUUUGGAACAAUGUCACAAGUUGUUUAAGUUGUCGCGUACUCAACAGGAGCCUCAAAGUUUACAGAAAGCCUCACUUUAAUAUUCAAGCUAUGUUAUAAAUAUAAUCAGUUGGAGAAAAGAAACAACCAGAUGGUGCUUCGUAAGCAAAACCCUGUCACAAGAGCCUUUGUGAUCCUUUCCCUCAAGGUACUUUUCCAAACUGCUUUAGAUCACAAACAACCAUAAACCAAAGUAUCUAAAUCAUCGAGUUUCAUAGCAAACCAUCUUGAUUAAAUUCAGUACACAGUUUCUCUACCAUAUUCAGGAAUUUCAGGAUUCUCAUAUUAUAAUCUAUCUGGCCUUUAAACAGUCAGGUGCACCGUUCAUGUCUGUCCCACCGCCGCUGUUGCAGGUGUAAUUGACUCCAAUGUUCCAGGUUCCGUUGCGACAUGUGGUUGCUAUUUAGAGGCUCAUUCCCUUGGCAAUUUGAAACAUUCUGUCCUGUCACAGCCAUCUGAUGUGACACUGGGUCUUGGAGCUCUCUGUGCAUUGCAGAAUGCCAGGUGAAAGCAGUUGAAAGUUUCAGGGUUUUAGCCUGCAGUUUUGGAAUGUGAAGGAAAGUUGGCCUGUACCCCUUGUUUGGGGGUAUCGCACAGUGUUCAAAAUUGACAGAAGUCUUGGGUUAUGUUCAUUGGCUUUUUUAUUUUGGAACUGAGCUGUGACAGUUUGAACUCAUAACUCUUUAAAAAAAAAAUCAGAAUACUUUUUAAAGCCCCAUAAAGUAAGCCCUGUGACUCUGAAAUUUGAUAAUAAAUGAUGUAAUAAAAAAAGUGAGCUCCUCUAAUUCUAAAUGAAGAUGUGUCAUACAUGUACUCACAUGCAGCAAGUUCAUUGGCAAUCUCCUUUAAAUUCUCCAAUGUGUUCGGGCUUGACUGUAUGUCAGGUUUCCCUGGUCUCCCAUUCUUUCAGGGGAAUGACAGGGGAAUGGUUACACAAGCUGUAAUAAUGGUGUAAACUUGUUUCCCAUGCACUCAAAAACUACUCAGAUAACAAAACCACCCCUGCCGUGUGGACAGAACCGUCCACUCUCCCGCAACUUGGGUUAAAUGCUGUUUGUUUGGGGAGAUGCGUGUGCACACACCAUCAAAAAGUAGCCAUCGCCUCAGCUAGCCCUACCUUGAUUGAGCAAAUUGAAAAGAAGAAGAAGAAAAAAAAGGACACCCCUUAAAGGAAUACACAGAGUUACACACUUGGUCAAUUAUUAAUUAGAAACUGUGUACUGAGGCCCUUCAUUUCAAUUGGAUAAUGUUUACUUCAAUCCCUCGCUCUUAGCACGGUUGGUUGUUGUUUCUUUCUGUCCUAGAUUGGUCUGAGUGCUUUUCCUUGCUCAUUUGUCCCUAAGUGGUGGACAGGCAGUACCCAUAGGGGUUGCUGAUUAACCCAGCCUGGAGUUUUUAAUUGAACAUGUUUCAAUAUUGACUGCCUCCCUUGCUCUCCAUACUCUCUCCAUCUCUGCUAUGUCGAUAGUACCAACCGACCAACCAGUGUCUGUCCCCCCCCCAUCUCCUUCCACUCUUUAGAUGGCCCAGAUUAGUCCAACAGUUAGUUUUGUUAAGUGCUCGUUAAUGCCCCACACUAAAUGCUUUUUUGGUUACUCAUUGAUGGUGUGGAGUUCCCGACAUUCCCGGAGAAGGGAGACUGUGUUUGCGCUUUUCCGCCUUUGCAUAUUUUUGUCCUUGUUCUCUGCGCCUCUCAGCUUUUUUUUCUCCCUCCCACUUACUCCUCUUGCUUUUACUCUCUCGUGUGUUCAAAGUCUGGCAUGGUGCAGACAUCCAUGAGAGCGGAGGCAUGAUUGAUGAGGGGCCUAAAUGGAGAACCCCCCGACAUUUUGAGUUGCUUGAUGCUGAAAUACUAUGCCCAAAUCCCAUUUUGGGAUUGUGUGUCAAAAAAGCAUCAAAACGCAUGUGUUUGUAAUCCAAGAUUUCUUUCCCGUUUACAUGCAUCAUCUUAUAAACUCCGAUUAUUAAUAUCAUGUGGAAUUCGAGAUGACAGAAAACAAACUAAUGAUUGCAUCGGAGGGCCUUGUUCAAAGGACAAAUAUCCAUACAUUCAAAUGUUUUUUGUUAGUGUAUGCAAAGGAAUGAAAUACCUUUUGUAGCCCAGUUUGGUAAAGUGCAUAGCUGUUUUGUCUGACAUCUUACAGUAACAUGACAAAUCAGAAGAAAGCUUAAUUGUUAUAUUGGGAGUUUUUGGCCCUUCAUUGACAUAUUAUGACAUGUAUUUGUAACAAUGUAUACUCAGAGUUCUUCAAGGACAAGUGCACAAAAAUAAAACAAAGUUUGCUUGGGUUGGACAUGAACCCAUAACUUCCCUACAAAUGUAGACCUCAAUUUGUCAGUGCUGCCUCAUCAGUGCUAAUACUUCAAGCUUCCCUUUUCUUUUUUGGAGUUCAAAUUUGAACAUUAUUUGAAAUUUUCAGCACCUUUUCUGUUACUUCAGUGCUCAUUAAACAAUUUUGUGUGUGUUUUAUUUUUGCUUUCAGCUGGCAAAAAUAUCUUUGAUGAUAUCUAGUACAUGUACAUAUAUAUUUGAAAAACUGCUGAAAAAAUGAGCUAGGAUUAUCAAAUCCGUUGAUUAGCUCAAGUAUCUCAGACUUUCUUGCAUACAUUUUUUGCAUUUCAUAAUUUGUGCACGUUGUCAGCAGUUUUGUUGAAUUUGUUUCAUUGUAAAUCCAUCAGAUUUUAAAAAUCGCCUUUUCAUUUUGAAUGUACCUCCAAUCAUAGAAAAUACAAUCAGAAAUCUGUGGUAGAUGUGCAAAACUAUUUUCACUGAAAACUUCAUGGUUUGAUCUCUCUGUA